GAGCCGAGCCGGGAGCCGCGGGGAGCGGGGAGGCUGCGGCCGGGGCCGGGGGCCGGCGCCCACCGCCGCUCCGCCCGCCCCAUGGCUCUGCCCGGGGCGCCGGGCGCCCCCCGCCCCGCUCCGCCCGCCCGGCGCCCAGGGGGCGGCCGGCCCUGAGCCCGCACCGCUGCCGCCGCGACCGAAGGAAAGUGGCCCCCGGACUCCUCUUGUGCCACACAAAACCCUGAGGGAGGAGGAAGAGGAGGAGGAGGAGGGGGAGGAAGUAAGAAAAGAAGAAGGGAAAAAAAAGGACAAGGAAGAGCUUGGAGUGAAGCCAAGGGGGGUCUGGAUCGUGACGGAGGGGACUCUGGGCUCCUCAGGACACCUGUGGCCAGCUGGGAGACACCCACCCCCACCACUCAACGCUGGAGCUGGUGACCCCAGAGUGAGGGCCCGACGUGGGGGGCAGCAUCACACCCUGGGGACAUCCAGCCCCGUGUACCCCUCCCCAGCACUGGGGAGCAGGCAAGGCGUGACCUGCUGGAUUUUAUCUUCCUGGGACAUCCAAGGGACUCUUCCUCCUCCUCCUCCUCCUGCUGGCUUGACCAGGCAGCACUCGCCUCCUUCGCUCACCCCAUGGCCACCCCACAUCUCCCAACUGCCACCGGCUAAGCCCUCUUUGCAGCACUCCCAGCUCCGCAUGCUGCAUCCCAACCCUGCUCCCCGCUCCGAACCAGAGCCCCCCGACCUUGCAGGGAGGCAAGCGUGUGGCUGGGACUUUCUUGGAGGCAGGGGAACGUUAAGAUGUUGAAAGCUCCCCAGCCGAGAGGGGCUGCGUGGACGCCAGGCCACCCGGCUAGAGGGGAGCAGGAUGGACAGAGCUGUUGGGGCCGGGAACCGAGGCCGGUAGGGAAGGAUGGACUCCCGGACCUGCCAGGACAGGCAGCCCAGUGACCACCCCAGCAGCAGCAGCAGCAAUUGUAGCAGCAGCAAGAGUAAUUGUGAAAGGGAAAGGAUCCGGAGUCGGAUGAAAAUGGUGAUCGGGCAACUGGAAGGCAUCUUACAGGAGCUCAAGGAGGUGGCCAAGGAGCUUCGGGAGGUGGUGAGCCAGAUCGACCGGCUGACCUCCGACUUCGAGUUCGAGCUGGAGCCGGACGACUGGACAACGGCAACGGCCAGCAGCACCUCCAGCAGCGAGAAGGGGGGGGGCACCUUUGAGCUGGGACCCCUCGAUUUCACCACCUCCGACAUCCUCUCCGACAGCUGGGAAUUCUGCUCCUUCCUGGAUGCUUCCACCCCCUCCGACCCAGGCGAUGGUCCCGAGCCCCACCGGCCGCAGCCGCAGCCCCCACCAGCUCGCCAGCUGGAUUACCGGCUGAUGAACGGGGGGAUCCCCAUCACCAACGGUCCCCGGGGAGGGGGGACCCCUGAUUCAUCCAGCGAGGAAGCCUUCAGCGCGCCGGCCAGCCAGAAGGUCUCACAUCACCGGCCGGCUGGCACGCGGGAACGGGUCCGGUUCAGCGACAAGGUGCUUUACCACGCUCUGUGCUGCGAUGACGACCGGGACGGUGACAGCACGGCAUCCCCCGGGGAUGAUGGCCCUGAGGAGCCCGGGCGUAAGGUGCUGGCGGGGCCAUCCUCAAAGCAUCCUUCCAUGAGUGGCGGUGGGGGGGGCGGGGGCGGACCCCCAGCACGGCGGCUGAUGAGGAACAGCAGCACCCAGACCGUAGCCGAUAAAAGCACCCAGACGGUGCUGCCUUAUAUCCCGGCCAAGCAGAAAAUUAAAAAUAAAAACUGACGCUGGCUCCACCACACGGAUUUGGGGAGGGUGGGUGGAUGGGGGGAUUCCUGGGGAGGGACAGAAAAGAAAAUAUAUAAAUAUAUAUAAAUAUAUAUUUAAAUAAAUCAAUACUAA